CAUUUAAUACUUUACGCGAAAUUGUCGGAGAUUUAAGCGUCAACGGAGACUCACGCCGGAGGAAUUUCGGGUGCAUUAUGCAUUCUAUUUCAGUGAUUUUAACUUUCGUAACUGCCACCGUUAGUGCGAGAGAAAUUACCAAGAUUUUCGAUAGUAGUAAGAUGCCCAGCGGAUCAUUUUAUUCAAGAUGGUUUCCAUAUUCUUACAAUUCAUCCGAUGUUGAAAUGUUUUAUUUUCGAGGACAUCAAGAUGAAAAAGUACAAAUUACAUUCGAUAAAUUCAAUUUGUUUUCAAAAGGCUCCCAGAACGAAAGAUGUGGAUUAGACAAUUCAGAUUCAUUUAUCAGUUACAAAAAAACAGAUAGAAGUACAGAUUGGGAGAGAUUUUGUGGGAAUCACAAACCAUUACCGAUCAUGUCUGAAGAGGAGCAAUUUUCUUUGCGUUAUGAACCAGUCGUAGUUCCUGCCAAUAACUUGUUGAGAGAACAAAACCAGGAGAUUGGUUUUAACGCUUCUUUUAGAUUUGUUAAAAACUAUGGAAUCGAUUUUAAAAUUCCACCAAAUGAUCAGUCCAAUUAUGGUUGUGAUUUUACAUACGAUAGCACAGAUUACCCUAACGGAACAUUCAAUAGUCCAAAUUUUCCCGGAAUGUAUCCAACGCACAUAUUAUGUUAUUAUACCUUUAGAGGGGUCGAAAGCAAUAUUUUCUUCAAUUUCACACAUUUCAAUCUCAUAGGAUCAACAGACUGCAAUGAAGAAAUAGAAAAAAAAGACAAACUGCAAGUUUUAACCUCAAGCGAUGGAAAUGCAGACGAUAAACGAGAGUAUUGUGGAAAUCAUACAGAAAUUUUCAAUAUUACCAUUACCAAUAGGACCGCUUUUAUUAUAUUUUACCAUCAGACAAAUUUGUCGGAUGUAGAAUUAGCCAAUUAUGAAUUUGUGGGAUUCAGCGCCACUUUCUUAUUUACCAAUGAGACGGUGCCUAAUGUAUGUGAUCAUAAAAUACCAAGUAUUGGAUCCAUAUGUGUCUGCCUGUACUUGUUGUUCCAUAAAUAUCUACAUUUUCAACAAAAACUUUGCAAUUAAGUAUCUAGCGUAAUUAUAUAAAUCCGACGAAAUAAGUUACUCAUCUGAUUUUUUUUAUACCUAUUUUCCCUCCUCUUCUCUUUAUUCGCUGUAUUUGCUCACUGAUGAUUUCAAAACGUACUAACUAAUAAAGUACAAGGUGUGUAAAAAUAAUGGGUACCCCAACUACCCACCUAACGAAAACGCAGGCAGCUUAUAAUUAAUGUGUAAUACGAAUGUUGAAGUUGUGUUGCCAAACUUACAUUUCACGCACAGAACUGUGCUGUGUUUUCGUUGAGUAGGAAGUUGAGGUACCCCCCGAUAUUUUUACUUACCCUGUAAAUACAAUUAAUAUUUCUAUAUGUCCCUAUGUGUAAAUUUUACGUAUAAAAAAAGAAUUCUCACGUUGGCUUCAUUUUUCAUCUUUAUACUGUUAAGUUUCAUUUGAAUAUCGCCAAGAUAGGUACCUAUAUAGAGGAGCGAUAUUCCAAAACGCCCUUAGUCCAUUUUUUUCGAAUCGCGUUUUUAAAAAUAAAAAGUGUUCCAAAACGCACUUUGUCCAUUUUUAUUGAAUUUUUUUAGCGGUAUCUGGUGGAUGAAGUGUAUAGCUACACUCCUAACAUCAUAAAUCCACCCAAAUAAAGUUAAACCCACCUAAAUAGCCAAUUUACCAGACUAAAAAUUAAUUUUUUAAAAUGGACAUAGGGCGUUUUGGAAUAUCGCUCCUCUAUAAUUUUUUUGACAAGUCCAUAUACCUACUCAUAAAGUACCUAUUAUUUUUUUUAAAAUUAUUUUCUACCUACAUCAUCAUUUUAAUUUUUUUAAUUCUGCAUUUUUAUUACUAUUAUGCAUAUACCUUUACCUAUACCUACGUACUCGUACUACCUACUUACCUGCUCAUAAACACAUAUUUGGAAGAAGCAAUUCAUAAUUAUUGUUAGGUAUAUUAUUUUUCAAAAUCGAUGAAAUUAUAUCUAAUAGCAAUACAAUAUGGCUCGUGCUGUCGUGCAUUGACAAUACUGAAAAAUUUGUGUAAAUUGAAUGAUAUUAAUAAUUAUAAGUACCUACCUAAUGAAAUGAUACAUGAAACAUAUUUAAAUAAAUAAUUUCAAUUUCAUGUGUCAUAUGUACAUUCAUGUUGUGUUUAUACUAAGCUUAUCAAAAGUGUAACCCUUUUUUACUUAUGAAAUAAAUACUUACCUAAUUGA